AUGUAAAUAUAUGCAAUUUAACAAGAGCGUACAUUGGGAUAAGGAACUUUUGGGAAGGUGAAAUUAGGCUAUCAUACAAUAACAGAUGAAUAUGUUGCCAUUAAAGUUCUUGAGAAGAACCGUAUUGAAAAUUAGUUUGAUUUAAUGAGAGUUUAGAGGGAAAUAAUGAUUUUGAGAAAAGUCAAUCAUCCAAAUGUGAUAAAAUUGUAUGAAAUUUUAGAAUCAGAAUAGUCUGUGUAUUUAGUUAUGGAAUACGUGAGAGGGGGAGAGCUGUAUGAUUACAUAAUAAAGAAAAAUUACCUGCCUGAACACAUAGCUGUGCGAUUUUUCUAGUAGAUUAUUUUUGCGAUAGAAUACUUGCAUAGCAAUAAUAUUACACAUCGAGAUUUGAAGCCAGAGAAUCUAUUAUUGGAUGAAAAUAAAUAAUUAAAGAUUGCAGAUUUUGGUUUGAGUUUCAUCUCUCUUACAAAAGGAGAACCAUUGAAAACAGCUUGUGGUUCUCCCUGUUAUGCAGCACCAGAAAUGCUAGUCGGUAAAUAAUAUGAAGGGUUAAAAAGUGAUAUUUGGAGUUGUGGAAUAAUCUUAUUUGCAAUGCUUUGCGGUUACUUGCCAUUUGAACAUGAAAACACAAAAGAAUUAUAUUAAUUAAUUAAAACGAGUGACUUUGAAAAGCCUGCUCAUUUAUCAUCCAAUGCAAUUGAUAUAUUAACAAAGAUCCUUGUUAAGGACCCAGAGAAAAGAUUAAAUUUUGAUUAAAUUAAGUAACAUCCUUUUUUUCUAAUGCAACCUCCUUUGUAACGAAAGAAUUUGAAUUUAGAUGAUUAAAUUAUAAUUUAAAAGAUGAUGGAAAUGGGUUAUUCUCAAAAUUAAAUUACAUUUUAAUUGCACGCUAAUAAACAUAAUACUUUAACUACAAUCUAUUUUUUAUUAUAAAAAAAAUAAAACCAACCUUAUAGAAAGAACUUCUUUCAGAAUAUUCAAAACAUUGCUAAUUUGAAAUUGGAUAUAAAUUAAAAAAGACAUACUGCUGUUAAGUUCUAACCUUCACAAUAAGGAUCCCCAAAUUUUGAAAAGUAUGAGCUCAGAUAAUAAAAAUUGAGAUCGAGAAUUGAUAAUUCUCCUUAUCUGUAAACUUAGAAUUCAUAAAAAUUCAAAAAAGUUAAUUUAUCUGUAUAAUCAAAAAGAGUAAGUGUUCAGAUUGAUAAUGCACGCUAAAAGACAUAUUCAGUGUAAGAGAAAUAUUCUGAUUAUCCAUAAUUCAUGAAUAAUGCUUUGUUAGAUUCUAAGAUUCAAACAAGAAAAAACUCGAAAUUAUAAGGAAGCAUUAAGUUAUAGCCAAAAAAGGAAACAGAUAAUGGAGUAAAAACAGAGGUAAAUGAGGAGAUUAAAAACUAUUUCAAUGGUAAUUUGACAUAAGUAAGACAAAGAAAUAAAACAUAACCAAACAAAAAUGAUGAGGCUUUAAAGUUUUUUGAUAAAAAUUCAAAAGUAAAAGCAUCUCAUUAAAUUGUAUCCAAAACACCCUAAAACAAUCCCUUUGUUCAAGCUGAAAUGAGUAGAACCAAAUAGUUACAAUAAUAGUUAAUUGAAAGCAAAUACUCUGCAUUAAAAAAAAAAAGAAUUGAAUUCAAAGUUCAAAGAUUAUUGGGAAAUCAAUUUUGA